UUCUGCUGUCAGCCUCCUCAGUGUCCUCUUUCCUCCCCGGACCUGCAGUCUUUGGUUCUUGUCUCAGGAAGUAAUCAGCAUCAUGCAUGACAAUAAGGUUCGGCUCGUUUGAAGCUGCUGGAUGCCACAGUUGGUCCAAGCGAAGACGACUAUUCUUGGCUUCCUUCACACGAAACCUGCAUGUUGUCAGGUUGUUUUAAAAUAUGCCAUGAAUGUACGUGCAUGCCAGCAGCUAUGAUUUCCACGCCUCUUAUUAUUGUCUAUGUACAAAGCCUGCCAAUGCAUCCUGGUUGGCACGCCUUGUUGACAGGCGUGUCUUCAAGUUGUUCAUCAAGUUAUCAUUUGCAUAAAAGGUGGUAGAUAAAUAGAUAAAUAGAGGUCGAGGCGUCUUUCUGCAAGUCAGACAUACAGCGCAGCUCACCGUCUCUGGGAACUUGGGAAGAACUUUUGACUGUUAAGCAGCUGCACGGAUUGUUUCUCACCUUUUCAGAAACAUGCUUCACGUCGACACCCCACAGAUGACGCCUCCGUCCAGUGAGCUUUCCGAGAGGCAACCCUCCAGUGAUGAUGAGACCAUGGUCCCAGUACUAACCUCCAGAAAAGCCAGUGAACUUCCUGUCAAUGAAGUAGUGUGUAUCCUGCAGGCCGACCUGCAGUUGGGUUUGACCCAGGAGGAGGUCAGCCGGAGAAGGGCGUACCACGGCUGGAACGAGUUCGAUAUCAGCGAAGAGGAGCCGCUAUGGAAGAAAUACAUCUCACAGUUCAAAGAUCCUCUCAUCCUGCUGCUGCUGGCGUCGGCGGUCAUCAGCGUCCUCAUGCACCAGUUUGACGAUGCCAUCAGCAUCACAGUGGCCAUCAUCAUCGUCGUGACAGUUGCCUUUGUCCAGGAGUAUCGCUCAGAGAAGUCUUUAGAGGAGCUUGGGAAGCUGGUACCUCCAGAAUGUCACUGCGUCAGGGAGGGAAACCUGGAGCACCUGCUGGCCAGAGAGCUGGUUCCUGGAGACACCGUCUGCCUGUCGGUGGGGGAGAGAGUCCCAGCAGACCUCCGCCUCUUCGAGGCGACCGACCUGUCUGUGGAUGAGUCUAGCCUGACGGGGGAGACCACCCCCUGCUCCAAAUCCACCUCUCACCAGCUGGCAGCCACCAACGGAGACAUAGCCUCCCGCAGCAAUAUCGCCUUCAUGGGGACGCUGGUGCGCUGCGGCAAAGCCAAGGGCAUUGUCAUUGGAACUGGAGAGAACUCAGAGUUUGGAGAAGUGUUCAAGAUGAUGCAAGCUGAAGAGGCUCCGAAGACUCCGUUACAGAAGAGCAUGGAUCUGCUGGGGAAGCAGCUGUCGCUUUACUCCUUCGGUAUCAUCGGGGUCAUCAUGUUAGUGGGCUGGCUGCAGGGGAAGAGGAUCCUGGACAUGUUCACCAUCGGAGUCAGCCUGGCGGUCGCUGCCAUCCCAGAGGGUUUACCCAUCGUGGUGACGGUGACGCUGGCGCUCGGCGUGAUGCGAAUGGUCAAGAAGAGAGCCAUCGUCAAGAAGCUUCCCAUCGUAGAAACUCUGGGCUGCUGUAAUGUGAUCUGCUCAGACAAGACGGGAACUCUGACCAAGAACGAGAUGACCGUCACUCAGCUAUUCACGUCGGACGGACUCCACGCUGAGGUGACAGGCGUCGGCUACAAUGGAGCCGGAGAGGUUUUACUGGACGGUGAAGUUAUUCACGGCUUCUCCUGCCCUUCAGUCAACAAAAUUGUAGAGGCCGGCUGUGUGUGCAACGAUUCAGUCAUCAGGAAUCGAAACCUGCUGGGUCGACCCACAGAGGGAGCGCUCAUCGCCCUCGCCAUGAAGAUGGGCCUGGAGAGCCUGCAGCAGGAGUACAUCCGUCUGGAAGAGAAUCCGUUCACCUCAGAGCAGAAGUGGAUGGCGGUUCGCUGUGUUCACCGCACGCAGCAGGAUAAAGCCGGAGUUUACUUCAUGAAGGGAGCUCAUGAGCAGGUGAUUCGCUUCUGCAGCUCCUACAACAGCAGAGGAUCCACGCUUCCCCUGACCCAUCAGCAGAGGGAGCUGUACCAGCAGCAGAUCAGCUACAUGGGCACCGCAGGGCUCAGAGUGCUGGCGUUUGCAUCAGGUUCUGAGAUGGGGAGCCUCACCUUCCUGGGUCUGGUGGGCAUGAUUGACCCGCCGAGGUCAGGGGUCAAAGAGGCUGUCGGCACGCUCAUCAGCUCCGGAGUUGCCAUCAAGAUGAUCACCGGAGACUCCCAGGAGACCGCUGUGUCUAUAGCCAGUCGUCUGGGUCUGUAUUCUAAAGGAUGUCAGUGUUUGUCUGGUGAUGAGGUGGAUCAGCUGGACCUGCAGCAGCUCUCUCAGAUCGUCCCCAGAAUAGCUGUGUUUUAUCGAGCCAGUCCCAGACACAAGCUGAAGAUUGUCAAGUCCCUGCAAAACAUUGGCGCCGUGGUGGCCAUGACAGGCGACGGGGUGAACGACGCCGUGGCUCUGAAGGCCGCCGACAUCGGGGUGGCGAUGGGCCAGACGGGCACCGACGUCUGCAAGGAGGCGGCCGACAUGAUCCUGGUGGACGACGACUUCCAGACCAUCAUGUCAGCCAUCGAGGAGGGAAAAGGAAUCUACAACAACAUCAAAAAUUUUGUUCGCUUCCAGCUGAGCACGAGUAUCGCAGCGCUGACACUCAUCUCCUUGGCGACGCUGAUGAACUUCCCCAACCCGCUGAACGCCAUGCAAAUCCUGUGGAUCAACAUCAUCAUGGACGGACCUCCGGCUCAGAGUCUAGGGGUGGAGCCUGUGGACCGAGACGUGAUCAGGAAACCUCCCCGCAACGUUGGAGACAGCAUCAUCACCCGCAGCCUCCUCGUCAAAGUGCUGGUGUCGGCGCUGAUCAUCGUCUGCGGGACGCUGUUCGUCUUCUGGAGAGAGUUGCAGGACAACGUGAUCACUCCUCGAGACACCACCAUGACCUUCACCUGCUUCGUCUUCUUUGACAUGUUCAACGCUCUGAGCUCACGUUCUCAGACUCGUAUGGUCCACGAGAUGGGACUGUGCAGCAACAGGACGUUCUGCUACGCUGUCCUGGCCUCCAUCAUGGGUCAGCUGCUCGUCAUCUACUUCCCUCCUCUGCAGAACGUCUUCCAGACAGAGAGCCUCAGCAUCUUCGACCUGCUGUUCCUGGUCACUCUCACCUCCUCCGUCUGCGUCGUGUCCGAGGCCAUCAAGAAGAUGGAGAGGUGGAGAGGAGUCGAGCGGAGCCCCCCCAACGACUGUUUCCACGAGGUAUGACCCGACCGCUGUCCGAGCCAGAGGACGAUGAAGAUGACGUUUCAGGAUCUCACACCUGAUGGCACUGACUCACUAAGACUGCAAAGACUUUCCUGUGAGAUCCUCAGACGGAGGAGAAACUCUGGUCUGAGACUGGAGGGACGCUGCUGGCUUCGGGACGAGGUGACGGAGGGGGACUGGACUUUAAAUUGGGUAGACAUGAUGUGCUGCUGGGAAAUCUGACCUGGCGCUCGGCGUCUUUACCUCCACAGUUCGAGCCCCCUUUAGGGAAACCACCGUGGACCGACCACGCCUUCCUGCCGGGACGCAGCUCGAUAUUUAGGAUGAGAAAUCAGACGUGUGCAAUUCUUGGCGUCCUUCUCCAGUUGUCUUUUUAUAAUCGGACAUUUAGAAGGUGUUGACCACUACACAGCUUGCUUUUCACGGUGGAACAUGGUAACUUUAAAUGCGCUGGGCGGCUUGUUUUAAUCCCUCUAUAGGUGUGCUUAAAGUACAGGGUGGAGGUCUAAUGGUACAAAAGUUAAAUGUUUAAUUUCUUUCAAUUUUGCUUAAAGUAAACCUUUACAGGGACAUAUGGGUCCAAAGGAACAAAAUAAUUACAGUAUCACUUACUGUUAUAUGGCUGUUUCUCUCUGUGGAGGCCUCUGGCUGCCAAUAUUACAUCAAAAUCUAUUAGUCAAACUGAAAUGGAAAAAACACAAGCAGAGGCUUAAAGGUCCAAAGUUUUGGUGUAAAAUUUAGGAACUAAACAUUUACAAACAUUAAUUUAAAAAAAAGAGCAAAGGCUAAAUGUCAUGAAGGAACAUUACGUAGUAUAUUCAUUUAUUCUGUGGAGGCCUGUGGCUGGCAAAAUUCAAUUAAAGUUGUUUAAUGAAAUUAAAAUGAUAAACAUAAGUUUUGAAAUGUAUUACAUCUGGAUAUACAGUGUGAGAUGUGCUAUCUUGUUUGAUUAAAUGGUUUAAUUUUAACGCUGGCAGGCAUAGAUGUCCGUACAGCAGCAAUGAAACGCCAAUAUCGUUGUUGUCAGGAUAAUUUAUGACAAGUUUUUGACUUUGAUGCGCAAAAACCUGUUUUUCUAUACAAUCUUUUCUUUUUUUUUUCUAAGAAGCCAAAGUAAGCAUCUGAUUUGUGUGUUAAAUGUUGACUAAACACGCAGCCAUAUGAUUACUUUUUUUUCUCAGUCAAAUGUGAACAAGGAAUUCACCUUUGACUGCAUGAAUUCAAAGAAUUCGACGAAUCUUGAAUCCAGUUUUUGUGUCCUGAUCUAAACCUGCCGUCAUGACAAAGAAAUAACGAUGUUUAAAAUAAAUCAAUCACUGUUUGUCUCAUGUCUCUAAAAAUGCCUAUAAAACCGUGAAAACUCUUAUUUCUAAACAACACAUCUUUCAGGCUGCUUGUUUCUCCUAAAUUGGUGCCGUUUGGUUUGUUCAGGUUGCUGAAAAUAAAACUUUGGUGCUGACUAAAACAGCAGUUUUUUAAAGGGA